AAACCCAUCCCAAAACCCCCGGUUCAAGGGCAGAGAAAGGGAACAGUUUAAGUCCGGCAAAUCAUUAGCGACUGAGAACCGGGAAGGGGGUUCGAUGGCAAACCGGGACUGCGACGACCAUGACGACCAUACGUGUGAGUCUCGGAGCUAGGACCGAAUGCCUGUACGCUUCGGGCAUGGAGGACCCUUGUCUCACACGCUAAUGGAGCGCACGUUUCUGUGACCUGGUGUCUCUAUAACCUCUUCGUCGGGGAGCUCGCGGCGAGGGGCUAGCCCCAGUGACCCCAGCCAAGGUCUCCGGAGCGGCAGGAGGGCCACAAGCCCCCGGGUGCACCCGUCCCAAAGGGCGCGGCGGCGGGAACGCGGGGACCCCUGCCUGGGCGGCGGCCUCACCAAAGAGGGGGGCAGGCGCUGCCCUUUCUUCCCCACCCCCGGCCCAAAUUCUGGGCUCUCGGCCCGGAAGGGAACCGGCUCCCUUCACGCCGCCCGGACCUCGACCGUCGCCUCGCGAGUUGGGACAGCCAGGAGAACCCCAACUUGCCGCCCCGUGCCCACAGGGCCACGGGCCGAGGAGGAGGAGGAGGCGGAGGAAGGGGGACAUUUUCCCGGAUUCCUCGCGCGCACGGUCACGGACGCGGAAGCCGCCCGGUCCGCCGCCCCUCGCUCUCCACCCCGGAGCCGGGCGCGCCUCUGGCCCCCGAAGGGCAGCACCCGGUGGCGGCCAGCUCCCGCCAGUCCGCCCUGCUCUGCCCGCGUCGGCACCGCCUCCUCCGUAAACACCGCGCGGCCCGCCCUCUGCGCCGGGACACGCAGGUGGGAGUGUGCGGUGCGCGCCGCCGCCCGGGAGGCCGCGGGUGGAGGCGGGCGCCGGGCUGCCCGCCGACUGCCGGCGCAGGCAGCGCCCUCGCAGGACGGAGCCUCAGAGUUGUUGAAACCAUUGAAGGGAAGGAACACAUCCCACCCACCUCGGGGAAGUGGCCUCUUCUGGCCAUGUCUCCCGCAGCUGCUGCCGAGCCAGAUGGGGUCCAGGGAGACAGGCGUGUCACCAAGCUCAUUUUCUUCCUUUUUGUCAUCGGUGCCAUCCUGCUGUGUGUGGGAGUCCUGCUGUCCAUCUUUGGGUUCCAGGCAUGCCAAUACGAAACCCUCCCAGACUGCAGCAUGGUGCUGAAGAUCGCCGGGCCCGCGUGUGCCGUGAUUGGGCUGGGGGCUGUGGUCCUGGCCCGCUCCCGGGCACGACUUCAGAGAAGCGAGGAGCGCCUGCAAGGCAACCAGGGGGCCUCCGACCGAGCCUUCCUCUGCGGGGAGAGCCGCCAGUUUGUCCAGUGUCUCAUCUUUGGGUUUCUGUUCCUGACGAGCGGUAUGCUCAUCAGUGUACUGGGCAUUUGGGUCCCCGGGUGCGGCUCAGACUGGGCGCAGGAACCGCUGAAUGAGACAGACGCUGCUGACUCAGAGCCCCAGAUCUGUGGAUUCCUGUCCCUGCAGAUCUUGGGACCCUUGAUUGUGCUUGUGGGAUUGUGUUUCUUCGUGGUUGCCCAUGUUAAGAAGAGAAACAACUUGAAUGUGGGCCAGGAUGCUUCUGAAAGUGAAGAGAGACAGACCCAGAACAUGGAGCCCGUCCAGGUCACCGUAGGUGAUGCCGUGAUCAUAUUUCCACCCCCUCCACCACCUUACUUUCCUGAGUCUUCAGUUUCUGCAGCUACUCGGAGUCCUGGGGCUGACAGUUUGCUCCCAGAUGAAAAUCCACCUUCAUAUUACAGUCUUUUUAACUAUAGGAUCCCAACUCCUGAGGGCCAAGGCGCAGCCUCUGAGAGAGACUGUGAAUCUAUAUAUACUAUUUCUGGGACUGCUUCAUCCUCCGAGACCUCACACACUCCCUAUCUCUCAUCCGAUUUGCCUCCCAGAUACGAAGAAAAAGAAACUGCUGCCUCCACCUCCUUGUCUCCAUCUUCUGAGCCUUCCCCACCAUGAGCCAUGGACUCCAGUUCAAUUUUUUAUAGAAUCAAUCGCUAUUUAAUUUGUUUUUCUAAUA